AUGAGCCAGCACUAUUACCCUCCUCCGCCCGGCGCGGCACAGAGCUCUCCAGCUCCUCAACCACAACAGCAACGACACCAAUAUGCGCCGCCACCGACCUCUCCUCCUGCGAACCAGACGCAAUUCUACGCUCCUCCUCCUCAGUCUCCGCCCCAGCCUGGACAAGCUAUGAACUAUCCUCCUCCUCCUCAACCUCAAUCUCAGCCUCAGUCUGGGAAAAAUAUGAACUAUCCACCUCCGCCUCAGUCGCCACCACAGUCUGGACAGGCCGUGAGCUAUCCUCCUCCUCAGCAUACGCCAUCUCCCCAAGUGCCUCACCAACCAAAGCCGAUUCACUACCCACAACCUCCUCAGCAGCAGUCGACUCCCUCUCCUCAAGUCAGGCAACACUCUCACAGCUCUUCUCAAGGACAUUACCCUCCCCCGCCCAUGUCGGCGCCAGCGUACCAGCAGCACUUCCAAUUCAACCAGCCGCAAGCGACUCCUCCUCCUCAGACCCAGUAUCAUGCACCAGGCCAACAGAACAACUUGGCCAUGAGGCCUGCUGCUACCCCACCUGUAUCAACACCCCCGGUAGCUACACCAGCGUCUAGUCAACAACAUUUUGAUCCGCCGCCGCCAAUCUCGCCUCAAGCUAGUGACUCGUAUCCGGUCGAGAAGCCAAAGCAGGAGCUGGAGCAACAACCACAGCAGCAACAGGAAGCCGGAAGCGCGGUAGCCAUGGUUGCCUCUGGCGCUCCUCAAGCUGGUCAAUUUGUUGGAGCAGAGGCCAUCGCUGAUGAUGUCGGAACCUUCAAUGGAGGCAGUUACCGCAUCAGUCAUCGCGAUUCCAACAGUAUCCUUACUAUCCAGCUGGCUAUGGGUUGCCCCAUGGCCGGCAAGCCAGGCGCAAUGGUCGCCAUGUCUCCGUCUGUCACGUUGAGAGGACAAGUCAAAUUCAGCAUGAAAAAGAUGAUUACUGGCGCUGAUGUGACAAGUUCGACGUAUGUUGGUCCCGGUGAAAUCAUUCUGGCGCCGCACAGUCUUGGUGAUAUUACUACUAUGCGUCUCUCAGGCAAGGAGACCUGGUCAGUUGGUACAGAUGCAUUCCUUGCUUCAACACAGGGUGUUAUCAAGGACUUCAAACGCCAAGGACUCGGAAAGGCCAUGUUCAGUGGUGAAGGCCUGUGGGUUUACAAGAUCAGCGGUGUGGGAUUGCUCUGGAUUUCAAGUUUCGGUGCCAUCAUCAAGAAGACGCUUGUUGAGGACGAAAAGUACAUUGUCGAUAACGGCCAUCUCAUCGCUUGGAAUUGCAAGUAUGUAAUGGAGCGUGUUGCCUCGGGAGGUAUCAUUUCGGGACUCGCUUCAGCAGAAGGUCUGGUCUGCAAGUUCACAGGUCCUGGAACAGUUUACCUGCAGACUCGAAACUCGAGAGCGUUUGCUGCCUUUAUGGGUGGACAGCAAUAUCAGGGAUAG